AUGAGCACGUUCAAAAGACCAACGUUACCAAGUACAUCCAGUCUCAAUAAUGGUAGCAUCAACCCUACUAAACCAUACGGCGCCGACUCUCCACUUCCAUCAGUAGCAAUGAGGAUCAGGAAAGCAGUAAGUGAAGGAUACAACCAGGGCCAGGCCACCAAUUUCUCAGGCAACUAUCAACGCGUCCCGUUACCUGUCAAUUUACAAAAUCAACCACCAAGUUUAUCUUCUUCUGAGUCGACUAGGACGGUGUCGAAUUUGGAGGAGUGGGACUCGUAUUAUAAGAUUGAAAACGCACCUAUUCAGACUAUUAAUGAACUGUCGCUGCUGUUGUUUGAAGAGAAUCCGUUGAAGAGAAAGUUUGAAAGUGGUGCUGGUGGUGAACCUGAAGUUGCCCAGUUUCAAGCUAGGUAUGGUGAGUUGAAGUUUAAUGAAGAGUUUUAA